GUAGUAUUCUACGUCUUCAAAUGACUAUCCAAGUUUCAACGCCGAAACACGGAUCGCUAAAUGCAGACUGCGAAGCUAUCGUUUAAGAAACAUCUAAAGCCAAAGAAAAUUAUUUACAACAUUAAAUGCCGUCUUUUGCCUUGAUAAACCGUUCUUUAAUCAAGCCUACUCGACUAUCCAGAAUUACCCUACUGUCGAUUCCGCAUCCUAUAAAUUGUACAGCAAGACCUUUAUUUAGGCAAAAAUUAAGACGUUUCUACGCUACUGAUGCAGAUAAUACCAUAUCCAAGCCCGACCUUUCACUAGUAAAAUCGAGUAAUAUUGACCAAAGAUUUAAAGACCUCGAAGGUUACCAUUUUGAUACCUAUAGCUUUUUUAAGACAUUGGUUGAAGGUGGUUUUAACGAAAAAGAAGCAGAAGCUUUUCUGGAUAUUACGAAUAUGUUUAUAACUGAACUUUUACGACACAGCCAUAUGACCUAUUUAUCAGAAGCCGAUUUUGAGAAUUUUUCCUAUUUAUUUCGAACUGCUUUGUCAGAGCUUCGUUCUGAAAAAAUCAAUAUGAGGAAAGAUCAAAUUAGCACACUUCGAGCUGGCCUAUUUUCGAAUCAACGCGAGGUCGAAGGUUUAGAACAACUUGUUAAUGAACAUCUUAACAAGUUAGGCACCGAAAGUAAAAUGGAGUUUGAAAACCGGAAAAACGAUACCCGAAAUGAUGUUCAACAAUUAAGUGCUAAAAUUGUAGAGUUGCACAACUUGCUAUCUGUUUCCUUAGGGAAACUUCGAGCUGAAAAUGAGAAACAGAAAUGGGAGCAGAUCAGGAAAGCUGCUGUCGUUGUAAUGUCAUUUACCGGCUUCCUAGUACUAGUUAUACCGUUAGGACUUCGUUUCCGAAGCAAAAAGAAAGAACAGGCAUAUAAUGUUGAAGAACUAAAUGAUUAUGGACAAGACAGAAAGAGAGACGAUUAUCCGGACAGCACUAUCUCCCAUCUUUAACGUCCGUAGCGAUAAAAAAAACUAAUUUACUUUGAUUUUGAAUAGUCUAAUUAUGAAUAACGUUUUCUAUGGCUUGUAUGAGUUCAGAAAAGUAAUCGAAAAACCUGCCUUUUUUUAUUGAACUCAGAUUUGCUUACUUAUACAUAAGAAUACCUGUUUACUUUGAAUUAAUUAAUAUUCUAGAUAAUUUAUGUAAUUUUGUUCUCUAUUUAUGAUAUUAUUU